AUGUCUGAGAGAUUGCUGUUCAAGGAUAGGGUUGUGGUGAUAACAGGGGCCGGUGGAGGUCUAGGGAAAGUUUACGCGUUGGAAUAUGCCAAGAGAGGUGCCAAAGUUGUUGUCAAUGAUUUGGGUGGGACUUUGGGUGGCUCUGGUAGCAAUAGUCGUGCAGCAGAUGUGGUUGUGGAUGAGAUUAAGAAUGCCGGAGGUGAGGCGGUGGCUAAUUAUGACUCAGUGAACGAUAAUGGUGAAAGAAUUAUCAAGACCGCAAUUGACAAUUUUGGACGAGUUGAUAUUUUAAUCAAUAAUGCAGGCAUCUUGAGAGAUGUUUCAUUUGCAAGGAUGUCGGAGAAAGAGUUUGGUUCGGUCGUCGAUGUUCAUUUGAACGGUGGUUACAAGCUUUGUAAAGCUGCUUGGCCUUACAUGCUAUCGCAAAAAUUCGGUAGAAUUAUCAAUACGGCCUCCCCUGCUGGCUUGUUUGGGAAUUUCGGUCAGGCUAACUAUUCAGCAGCCAAGUUGGGCUUGGUAGGAUUGGCAGAGACUUUGGCCAAGGAAGGUUAUAAAUACAACAUAAGGGUCAAUUCUAUUGCGCCUUUAGCGAGAUCUAGGAUGACUGAGAACGUGCUGCCACCCCACAUUUUGAAGCAGCUUGGUCCCGAAAAAAUCGUUCCCUUAAUUUUAUUUUUGACGCAUGAAACAACUCAGGUGACCAACUCUAUUUUCGAGCUGGCAGCUGGUUUCUACGGACAACUCAGAUGGGAAAGAUCUGCGGGCCAGAUCUUCAAUCCUAAUCCUGAGACCUUUACACCAGAGGCAAUUUUAAACAAGUGGAAGUGUAUCGUGGAUUUCAAGGACAAGCCGUUUAAUAAGGUUCAACAUCCAAUACAAUUAUCAGAUUAUAACGAUCUUAUUACAAAGGCUAAAAAAUUGCCAGCUCAGAAUGAUCAGGGUUCGAUCAAAGUUGAUUCCUUACGGGGUAAGGUGGUAAUAAUCACCGGUGCAGCCAGUGGUCUGGGGAAAUCUCAUGCUCUAUGGUUUGCUCGAUACGGUGCCAAAGUUGUCAUCAACGAUAUUCGUAAUGCAAAUGGAGCAGUCGAGGAAAUAAACCAAAAGUUUGGAGAUGGUACAGCUGUCGCUGAUAACCAUGACAUUGUUACUCAGGCUCCUCAAAUUAUUGAGGAGGCCUUAAAGAAGUUUGGUCGGGUGGACGUUUUAGUCAACAAUGCCGGAAUUUUACGUGACAGAUCCUUUAAGAAGAUGACUGAUGAUGAAUGGUUUGCCGUGCUGAAGGUUCAUCUUUACGCUACUUUCGCCAUGUCUAAAGCUGUUUGGCCCGUCUUCUUAAAACAAAAAUCAGGUUAUAUCAUCAACACGACCUCCACAUCUGGAAUAUAUGGUAAUUUUGGUCAGGCAAAUUAUGCAGCCGCCAAGGCCGCAAUACUUGGUUUCUCGAAGACAAUUGCGCUCGAGGGUGCGAAGAAAGGUAUCAGGGUCAACAUUAUCGCCCCUCAUGCAGAAACUGCGAUGACCAAGACUAUCUUCACUGAGAAGGAGUUGGUCAAUCACUUCGACGCAUCUCAAGUCUCACCAUUCGUUGUUCUUCUAGCUAGCGAAGAAUUGCAACAAAACUGUGGAAAGAAAGGUGUCAACGGCCAGUUAUUUGAAAUUGGUGGAGGCUGGUGUGGUCAAACUAGAUGGCAAAGAAGUGAAGGUUUCGCCUCCGUUGCAGAUCCGGUAGAACCUGAAGCUAUCAGAGACAAUUGGAAUUUGAUUACUAAUUUCAAAUCUGGAACCGUCAACCCUAGUACAACUGAAGAAUCAUCUAUGGCAAUUUUACAAGCUGUUCAAAUGGCCCAAUCUUCAAAAUCAUCUAAGGAUAUUUUCAAUUAUACUGAAAGAGACUGUAUCCUAUAUAAUUUGGGUCUGGGGGCCACAAGUAAGGAGCUGUCGCUCACGUAUGAAAAUGAUCCCAAUUUCCACGUUCUACCCUCAUUUGCCGUGAUUCCCUUCAUGACAAGCAUUACUGCUUUGAACAUGAACAAGCUAGUGGAAAACUUUAACUACGCCAUGCUGCUCCACGGCGAGCAGUACUUUAAAUUGGGCCAAUAUCCUUUACCAACUAAAGGAAGUUUGAAGACUAUCGCUAAGCCAUUGCAAAUUUUGGACAAGAAUGGCAAAGCCGCUGUGAUUGUUGGGGGAUUUGAGACAUAUGAUACCAAGACGAAGAAACUGCUAGCCUACAAUGAGGGAUCAUUCUUUAUUAGAGGUGCUCGUACCCCAGGUGGCAAGCAGAUCAUCAAGGGUGAGAGAGCUAAAUUUGCCACGCAAAAAUUUAAGGCACCAACAGAUAAGGAACCCGAUUUCGAGAUUGAGGUGCUGACGAACAAAGACCAAGCUGCGUUAUACAGACUUUCUGGAGACUACAAUCCUUUACACAUUGAUCCAAACCUUGCUAAAGCUGUGAAAUUCCCACGCCCUAUUUUGCAUGGGUUAUGUACACUAGGUGUCAGCGCUAAGGCUCUGCUGGAGAAAUUUGGUCCAUAUGUCGAACUUAAAGUUAGGUUUACCAAUGUUGUGUUUCCAGGUGAAAAACUAAGGAUUAAAGCUUGGAAGCAACUUAAUGGCAUUGUCAUUUUCCAAACCCUUGACGUUGAUAGAGACGUCGUAGUCUUAGACAACUGUGCUAUCAAAUUAAGUGGAUCGGAAUCCAAAUUAUGA